AACGGAACAACAGCAACGGCGAUUGCCACCUUCGGACGACUCGGCAACACAAGUGCCAAGAAGGUUGCAAUGAACUCACAGGACACCAAGACCAUUGACGAAGUUCUGACGCGUCUUCUCCCUUCAUCGGUCCGCGUUGAGUAUGAUCCCUCCUCCAACCGCUUCUCCUUCGUCGAGAAGUCUCUUUUGGGCAACAACAUCUCUACGCCCUUCGGGCCUCUGGGGAAAGUUUCUAGACGGGCUCCUAUCGAGAAAGAGUCGAACCUAGAUGGCAGUGUCUACUGGCGCCUUGCAGCGAGUGGAGCCAUCUGUGCCAGCUUCGCGCACGCCGCUCUUGUUCCUCUUGACACCGUCAAGAUCCGCAUGCAGACAGCACCACAGGGCACGUACGAUGGGCUGCUGGAUGCAGCAGUCAAAGUUUUGACUAAGGAAGGAGGGCUGACAGCUCUGCUCAGAGGCCUGCAGCCGGAGGUGGCUGGGUUCGGCAUCUACGGGGCUCUGUCCUUCGGAGGUACAGAGUUCUUCAGGAGGUUCUUUGCGGAUCUAGCUGGACCCAAGCUGUCUCUGCUUUACCCUGUUCCCGUCGUUGUGUUGUCCAGCGUGACAGCUGCUGUCUUCGCGGCAGCAGCAGCUUGUCCAUUCAUGGCCGUCAAGACGAGGCUGAUCGCCGACGAAAAAUUCGCUGGGAGCAGCCUGAUCAAGGGAUGGAACAGGAUGCAGGAAGAGGAAGGGUGGUCUUCCCUGUUUAGUGGAUUGGUUCCAAUGCUGGUUAAAGACGUUCUCUUCGUCAUGUCCAAGUUUGCGGUCUUCGAUGUGACCAAGACUAGCAUCUUCCUCGCCUUCCCUGAACUCCGCGACGAUCUCGGCUCCAUCCUCUUCGUCUCGUUGGUCAGCGGGACGAUAGCUGGGAUGGUGUCGGCAGUGACGUCACAGCCGGGGGAUUAUCUCUUCGCCAAGGCUAGCGAGUCGAGAGGAGCGACACUGGGGAGCGCGUGGAGGACGUGGGUAGCGAGUAGGAGAUGGGGAGAUAUCCUCAUCGGCCUUCAGCCUCGCAUCCUCUUCGGCGGCGCUCUCAUCGCCCUCCAGUUCGUCAUCUACGACUUCUGCCGGGUCCAAUUUCAUGUCAGCCCCAACGACCUCAGCCAGUUCCUCGACGUCAUGGCAGGUGUCGCUGAGAACAUGUAAAGUAGGAGCUGCCUCCCCCGCCUCUGCUUGCUCUUGUUAUCAUUAUAUUUCAUUCCAUGUC